UGGGAGAAACGGGAGGAUCAAAACCUAAUAGAAACCCAGGGAUUGGGGAGAGACGGGUGAGACGACCAAUGGGAUUAGGACAGAGGCGGGGCUGGCUCAGUGGGCAGGACAACAUGGCGCUGUCCAGGGAAGCCGCUGCGUGGGGGGGAAUAACAAAGCUUAAAGUGAAACCAUACAAUAACAACCACAAGUCCUAAGCUUAAACUUGGACAUUAACUUAAUAUUAGAAGGCAAAUCAAGAAUAGGAAAGAAGCACUGUGAAAGGUCGGUCCAGCACAAACUCUUCAGAAGGACAAUGAAGUCUGCAUUGUAUUUGUGUUUGUUACUUCUUGGACUUCAAGUCCAGGGUCAGCAGCAGGAGCAACAAAUACCCCAUUCCCCAGAAGACCAUUCCCAGGCUGAAGAUGAAAACCUCCCUCAUGUCAAGAUAGCCCCCAGCAACGCUGACUUUGCAUUUAGGUUUUACAAGCAGGUCAGAGAGGAGGCAGGCAACAAGAACAUUUUCUUCUCUCCUUUGAGCAUCUCCACUGCCUUUGCAAUGCUGUCCCUGGGGGCCAGAUCAAACACACUCAGAGAGCUGCACAAAGGCCUUUUCUUCAACCAGACAGAGAUGGAGAAGCAGGAGAUACAUGAAGGAUUUCGGUGUGUCCUCCAGCUGCUGAGUGACCCUCAUCGAGAAGUCCAGUUGAACAUGGGCAAUGCCCUGUUCAUAGAUGAUCGACUGAAACUUCUUCAAAAAUUUUUGGAUGAUGUCAUACAUUUUUAUUAUUCUGAAGCUAUUUCUAGUAACUUUCAAAAUCCUCCAGAGGCUAUAAAGGAAAUCAAUGAGUACGUGGAAAGAAAAACACAUGGCAAAAUUGUUGAUUUAGUUGAGAGUCUUGAUCCGAACACCAUGAUGGUUCUUGUUAACUACAUUUUCUUUAAAGGUUCCUGGGAAAAACCUUUCAACAAUUUGAACACGAGAGAUGAUGACUUCUUCUUGGAUGCCAAGAAUUCUGUUAAAGUCAAAAUGAUGCAUCAAAACAAAGCCUUUAAUAUUCACAGGGAUGAAAAUUUGUCUUGCUGGGUAGUAGAAAUCCCCUACACAGGAAAUGUUACUUCAUUGUUUGUUCUGCCUGAUGAAGGGAAAAUGAAACACGUGGAAGAUGCUCUGCUGAAAGAAACAGUGUCCAACUGGAUGGAAUCACUUAAAAUAAGAGAAGUCUACCUGGACCUUCCAAAAUUCUCUGUCUCUGGCUCCUAUGAUGUUAAGAGCUUGUUUGAGAAAAUGGGUGUGACAGAGGUGUUCAGUAACCAGGCUGACCUCUCCGGAGUGGCAGAAGAAACCCUUCUGAAGGUUUCCAAAGCAAUUCACAAGGCCACGGUCGAUGUUAGAGAGAAUGGCACAGAGGCUUCUGCAGCGACCAUGCUAGAAAUAACACUGUUGUCUCGACGGUUUCCUCUUCCGCUUCACAUCACCUUCAACAGGCCCUUCCUGAUGAUGAUUAUUGACAAAACCACCCACAGCAUGCUCUUCCUGGGGAAAAUUGUGAACCCAACUGCUAGGGAAGACUAGGCCAGAGCACUUGUACUCGCAAGUGCAGAGAAGAAAGCUUGUGUGCAUCCCAGGAAUUUCUUUGUAAGAUGGGACUAGAAUUGAUCUGAUCCUGAAUUAAUAAAAAAAUAAAUAUUAUGUCAA